AUGGACCAGGCUCAGUACGACGCGAUCAAAGACAACUGGGGGGAAGUUGAGGAUAGGGAUGGCGUCAGACUCAGUUGGAACGUCAUUCCAUCGACGCGCAUGGAAGCAAACCGACUGGUGGUCCCUGUGAGCUGUUUGCUCACUCCGCUCAAAGAACUGGGCAAACCACCACUUCCGUAUGAGCCAGUCACCUGCAAAGCGCCGUGUCGGGCGGUCCUCAACCCUUUCGCUAAUGUCGAUGUCCGAGCCAAACUAUGGAUUUGUCCCUUCUGUCUGCAACGCAAUCCGCUGCCUCGCCACUAUGGAGAUAUCAGUGCCGAGAACAUCCCGCCAGAGAUGCACCCCACGAACACUACCGUCGAAUACAAGCUAGCGCGACCUGCUCCUGCCCCUCCCAUUUUUGUGUACGUUGUCGAUACUGCGAUCGAGGAAGAUGGCUUGCAGGCAUUGAAGGAAACUCUGGUCAUGAGUUUGUCAUUACUUCCUGCGAAUGCGCUAGUGGGACUUGUUACAUUCGGAACAAAUGUUGCUGUGCAUGAGAUUGGCUAUACCGAGUGCCAGAAGUCAUAUGUCUUUAGGGGCAGCAAAGACUAUGCCGCAAAGCAGGUUCAGGAGAUGCUGGGCUUAGCCGCGCCUGGCCUGAGACCUAAUGUGCCACCAGUGCAAGGACGACCACCCCCACCAAUGGGCCCUGCUGCCCGAUUCCUCCUUCCUGUCCAGCAAGCGGAAUUCCAGAUCACCAAUGCAAUUGAACAGCUGCAAAAGGACCCUUGGCCUGUUGCGAACGACCGCCGGCCACUUCGCUGUACCGGUGUUGCCAUGAGUAUUGCAGUCGGCUUGCUGGAGACAUCAUUCCAAAACGCUGGAGCCAGGAUCAUGCUCUUCGCUGGUGGUCCGGCCACCGAAGGACCUGGUAUGGUUGUUGCCCCAGAACUGCGCGAGCCUAUCCGAUCGCAUCACGAUAUCGAUCGAGAUAACGUCAAGUACUUCAAGAAGGCCAUCAAAUUCUACGAUGGUCUGGCGAAACGCACUGCCCACAACGGACACAUCAUCGAUCUAUACGUCGGUUGUCUUGACCAAGUGGGCUUGCUUGAAAUGAAGGGAUUGGCGAAUUCAACUGGGGGGCAUAUGGUCUUGACGGACAGUUUCACCUCAUCGCAGUUCAAGCAGUCUUUCGUACGAGUCUUUGAUAAAGAUGAGACCGACAACCUCUUGAUGGGAUUCAAUGCAUCUCUUGAGGUCGUUACAACGAAAGAGCUCAAGGUAACCGGUCUGAUUGGCCACGCUGUUUCCCAGAAUAAGAAGUCUAGCUCUGUUGGCGAGACAGAAUGUGGUAUUGGCAAUACUUGCCUCUGGAAAAUGUGCGGCAUUGAUCCCACGUCCAGCUACGGCAUUUACUUUGAGGUUGCAAAUCAGGGUGGUCCAGCACCUGUGCAGCAAGGCCCUCAAAGGGGGAUGAUGCAGUUCUUGACAUAUUACCAGCAUUCUUCUGGACAGUAUCACCUACGUGUGACCACUGUUGCUCGCAAUUUGAGCGGACCAACUGGUGAUCAAGCCUUGGCACAAUCUUUCGAUCAGGAAGCUGCAGCCGUGCUCAUGGCAAGGAUUGCAGUCUUUAAAGCAGAGGUUGACGAUGGACCAGAUGUGCUCAGAUGGGUGGACCGAAUGCUCAUACGGCUCUGCUCACGCUUCGCAGACUACCGCAAAGAUGACCCAACAUCCUUCCGACUUGACAAGAACUUCACCCUCUAUCCUCAGUUCAUGUUCCACCUGCGCAGAUCGCAAUUCCUCCAGGUAUUCAACAACUCCCCCGACGAGACGGCAUUCUAUCGACACGUGCUCAAUCAUGAAUACGUGGGAGAUUCGCUGAUCAUGAUUCAACCCACCCUGGACUCGUACGGUCUUGACCACGAAGGUGGCCAACCGGUCUUGCUCGACUCCGCCUCCAUCCAACCGCAGACCAUUCUCCUUCUAGAUACAUUCUUCCAGAUUCUCAUCUUCCAUGGCGAAACGAUGGCUGAAUGGCGUAAAGCAGGCUAUCAUGAACAGGAAGGCUAUGAGAAUUUCCGGGCUGUUCUUGACGCACCAAAGGAAGACGCACGAGAACUCGUACAGGACCGAUUCCCCCUGCCACGAUUUAUCAUUUGCGAUGCUGGUGGUUCACAAGCCCGUUUCCUCCUAUCAAAGUUGAAUCCUUCGACCACCCACGCGACUGGUGGUUACGGUGGUGUUUCACAGUCCGCGCAGACGAUUUUCACUGAUGAUGUUUCAUUGCAAACAUUUAUGGACCAUCUGAUGAAGUAA